UCAGAGUACUGUCCAGUCUGUUCUAACCAUCUCAGCACCGAUGUUUGGGCGAUCAAUCAGCACAAUCUUGGUCCUUGCUCAGAUCUCCUCCUUUCUCCUGCAUUCGGUCUUCCUCACUGGACUUGUCAAUACUGGCAUCGCACUUGUUUCCGCAAAGCCCUGCACGGCAUAUUGGCUCGAGUUUAAAGAUGGAGUACAGGACUAUUCGACGGCGACAGAGUGUCCAUACACUCUCAAACAUUCAGACACGGUGUUUCCAGCUACCAGUGCCCCUGCAAAUGACAAUGACACUGUCUGUUACUAUGUCCCGCACAACGACCAAUGUCCUCAUGAAGGAGACGAGAGCUACUUUAAAGAGAAGUUAGAGAGAAGUUUAAAAGAACCGACACUACGACUGCAAUGACUGGGGUUGGCAUUUUUUGUGGGCCAAAGUCAUUGCGAACGCAGUCCUGGAAGCUCCCUGAAAAUCUGUUCCAGGAAGAAGGUCGUCAAGUGUACUGGAGCCUCGACAAACACAAACAUGGGAUUUGUCGGCCUCAGUAUGCUGAUAUUCGUCAAGAACCCGCCUAUUGGCUAUCGAUUGAGGAGCCUUAUAUGGGUACGAGCGACGACUGCCCCCUCUACCUUAAUACCUUGAAGGGACAGAACCCCUGUGGCAUUGAAAAUGCCCAGCUUGACUCGUGGCCCUUCUGUCUUUCACAGUACCUGGGUUGUCGCUUC